CCCAAAACCAUUUCAGGGAGGUAUUGCUGAGAAAAUCAUUCCAUUGCUGGAUAAAACGCAUUCAAGAGGAAAAGCGGUAUCAGACAUUCUCGCAAUUGGUACGACUCUGGCUUGCUAGGCCAUUUCAGAGGGUGUGGAGUCAAUCACAUUGCUGUGGAUUUGGAGCCAUGUGUGGGUCAGACCAGGUUCAGGAUAAGAAGGCUUAUGCUCAUUACUGUUGGACCUUAUUACCUUUGUUUCUGAAGAGGUGGAAAGUAUUUGUCAAUGAGAAGAAACGCCUGAAUCAGAUGAAAGAGACCGCGUGGGAAUUCCACAGAGAGAUGUUGCUGAAACUGGCUUUUUAUGCAUGGUGGGAAAAGUUGGAUCGUCAGCAUGAGAAUCGAAUGGCGGAAAGAUUGGCUGUGGUUCAUUCUACUCGUUGCAUGUUGCUGCGGUUCUGGUGGAACUGGCGUAAGAAGACUGCCAUCUCUGUGGAGGAGAGAGAGAAGGAGGCCAUGGCUAAAGAUCACUUUAGACAUCAGCUGCUGCUUAAAUCGAUGCACUUUUGGAGAGAGACUGUGGCAGAUCAAAAAGCAGGACGAGACCAUGAAGUACUAGCCAUAAGACAUUGGUGCAAGUGUCGCUUGCGUGGAGCCUGGAAUGUUUGGUGUUUGUAUGUGCAGAAAAAGCGUGAGAAAUGGAAAAAACACGUGUAUGCAGAUAGGCAUAUUCAGAAGGUAUUGCUGUCAAAAGCCUUGCACGAGUGGAAGGUUUACCAUUUGAACAAUAAGCAGAUUCUUUGCAAGGUGGAUGAAAAGGAGAAGAAACGGAGAAGAGAUUUGUUAAGAUUUUCUUUCUACACCUGGAGAGAAAAUGCGCGCACACUGGCUGAUGAAGCUAAAAAAGCUGCCAUAGCAGAUCAGCAUUAUCACCGUGUCCUUUUAUCCAAGGUGGUGGAAUAUUGGGGAGAUGCAGUCUCACUUCAAAUGUAUCAACGACAACAGGAGGAGGAACUUGUGCUGAAAGCAAGACAACGUAUUGGUUUUCUUCAGCUGCAGCAUGCGUUUUCCCAGUGGAAGCAGAUCAGUCGAAGCUCAGUAAUAUUAGGAGACAAAAUGAGGGCUGCUACCCAACACUACAGACAGAAGGUUAUGAAGAAGUGUCUGUUGUCCUGGAAACAGCAUCAUGCCCACAAUUUGAGGGCCAUCUUAUUGCGGCGAUGUGGGGAUUGGUUUCAAGCACAGCGACUUUAUCGAUGCUACUUCACAGACUGGAAAGUAAAACUGUUGUUGAAACAUGAGGAGACCAAGAAGACAGCAAUAGCUUUAUGGCAUUGGUCUUUCUCACUUCAAGGGAAGGUGUUCGAUGCCUGGCUGAUGUAUGUAGAGGAGCGGCGUAGGAAAAGGUUACGCGUUGCAAGAGCAGUCCAAACCUAUCGCAGUCACCUGCUAAGAUUGGGAGUGGCUGCAGUUCUUCGCUACACCUCUGACAUGAUGCAGUUUCGCAGCCAAGUUGCAGCUGAGCAUCAGAUGAAGACUGCAUAUAGCCUCCAUCAGGUUGUCUAUCGCUGUGCUAUGACCUGGAAACACAAAGCGCUCUGCAAGAGAGAGAGUUCAAAGCACAAGUCCUCUGCUGUGACAUGCAAAAAAUCUGUGGUUUUCAAGCUACCAGUUUCUGAGGUUUCUAAAGAAAAUGGUUUCAGUACAAAAACUGAGAUCUUGAAGAGUGAAUCUAAGGAAAGGAUUUCCAAGGUUGCACUGAAUCCCGUCAGAUAUGAUGGUUUACCAAUGAGGCUGCCUAAUGGAGACAUGGAUUUCACCAAUUUACCUCUUGCAUGUCCAAUAAGGUUACAGCCACGAAGGCCAGCAUUCCUAUUAGAAUCACUGCAAAAGAAGGAUCUCCUGGACAGGAUCAAUAACAGCGGCAGUACCUUGGACUCCGCAAUGUCAAUGAUGACAGAUUUGUCAGGAGCCAGAAUGGAGACUCCAGCACAAAGCAAACCCAUUGGCACACGGGGUCACAUCAGUCUAGAUGUCGAUUCUGAGAAAAAUGGUGCUUCCAGUCAGUCAUCACGUGUUGCAGAAGAGGCAGGGAAUCUCCAAAUGGUGCCGUCACAGGGCUCCUUUCCUUGUACCCACUUCGUUCCUUCAAGGGCAGCCAUGGAUAGCCAGGAACAACCCAUGCAUAAGGAGCUCCUGCUGCCCCCGUCUGCAUUCCUGUUACCUGGGAAAGAGAAGACAAACGAGAAGCAUGACAGGCACAGUCACUUUGUUGAUGCUGAGCAUGUUCACAAGGACAAGAAAGGUUUGAGUCAACAAUCACUCACACAUCCACAGCUGCUCUCUCCAGAUGAUUUUAGGGUCAGACCAGGAUGUUGCAGUUUGGUUUCUCAGGACACAGAUUCAGAUAAUGAUUCUGAUGGAUAUAACCAACAAUGCCAGCUGGAGGCAGAACUACAAGGGAUACGUCAGGAGAUGCAGCUUUUCCAUGACAACAAACAGAACCUGAGAUCCUGGCAGAAACAGGCCUCUGUACUCCGAAACUGGCUGCAAGUCAAUGCCGCACACAAUGGGGAGGAUGUGCUGGAGAUCAGACAGGAAUUACGACAGCUGGAGACUGAUAUUGAAAAGCUUUCAAAGAAGCUGAGCAAGGACAAGCCUUACAUAGAGGGCCAAGUUGCAAGGGUUCAGGAGAUCCGGAAGAUCCUGACUCUGAUAGAACGGUAAUCCUUCACUUUGGAGUUUGCUAUCUGUGAUAAGUGUUUUGCCAAGGCAGAAGAUCUCAGCCAUACUAACUCUACUUCAGCCCUUAAAAGGGAAACAGGCUUAGAGUUUGAGGCACAUGUUCCGAACAGAGUCAUAGAAACAAAUUCAGAAUUUGCUUCCAACAGUCUUUACACAAUAUGGUGAAGAGCAAGCAGCAGUAAUGCUUACUGAAUUUUAUUGAUUUAAUAUCAAACUGGUUCUUCCAUUCUACAGUUACAAUUAACUGUCUUUAAUCAUGUAAAUGCAUUCCAGAAUAAAGAUUAUUGAAGCUUUAAGAA